CGCCGCGGAGCCCGGAGCGGCGGCCGGCCAUGGAGCAGGAGCGGAGCGCGCCCCGCCGCCAGCCGCGCCUCUGCCAGAUGCUGCGCGGCGAGCAGGGCUACGGCUUCCACCUGCACGGCGAGAAGGGCAAGAGCGGCCAGUUCAUCCGCAAGGUCGAGCCCGGCUCGCCGGCCGAAGCGGCGGGGCUGCGCGCCGGGGACCGCCUGCUCGAAGUCAACGGCGUCAACGUGGAGAAGGAGACGCACCACCAGGUUGUGCAGCGCAUCAAAGCAAUUGAAACCGAGACCCGGUUGCUGGUGGUGGACAAAGAGACCGAUGAGUAUUUCCGCAGUCUCCGCCUGACCUGCUCCGAGGAGGCGGGCUGGCCGGUCAUGGUGGCAAACCCUGAGGCACCACCAGGCAAAGGGCCCAAUUCCAGCAACGGAGACUCCUGGAAGGCUGCGGCCGAGCUGAGCAGCAGGAGCCUGAAAAGGCACAAGCACAGUUUAGGUUCGGAGAGUGGGAAGAAGGAGAGUGCCGAGACCCAAGCUGGACCUGCCGCAGCUCUACCCUCCUAUGACAGCGACGACGAAGGAGAGAAUGACCCGAUG